AUGUCCUCGUUCCGAGCCCUCCAAACCCAGUAUGGGUUACUGCUGAAACGAUUUCUGAACUCGAACAAAACCUUCGAGGUUCUAACAACCAUUCCACCCGACCACUCCGCAGAAUCAGAGACGCUCUAUGUCUUAGACUCAUCUUUCAACCCCCCCCACCCGCGCCCACCUCCGCAUUACAAACCAUCCAAGCCAGCCUCCUUUGAGGAUCGGCUCGUGAUGAUGGAGCUAUUCGCUCGGGAUCUCCGCUCCUACCUCGCAUCAGCACCGGCUUUCGCCGCUUCAGGCGUCACAAAUGCUGUGGAGAAUCUUCCAUUGAUCGACAUCGGUGUCACCAAAAUGCCGUAUUUCAUCGACAAGGCAACUGCCAUCGAGGCAUCGGAUUCUUACCCAGUGCCGCUGGAGCAGGUCCAUCUCACGGGGUACGAUACUUUGAUCCGGAUUUUCGAUUCCAAGUAUUAUGGCCCCGAACAUACCUUGAAGCCCCUGGAACCUUUUCUGUCAAAGCACCGGCUGCGUGUGACUAUGCGGCCAAGUGAUGAGUGGGGUGGAAGAGAGGAGCAGUUGGAAUAUGUCGCGGCUCUUGCUCGAGGUGACCGAGAUGGUGAGGGCGCCCGUAGGGAAUGGGCCGACCAGAUUCAGCUUGUCGAGGGUAGUCUCUCCACCGACCAGCCUGUGAGUUCAACCAGAGCCCGCGAGGCAUUGCAAUUGGCUCCUCAGGAUCUGAACUGGCUGGUCCCUGAACAGGUGCGGCAGUUCGUGCUGUCGGAGCGCCCGUAUUCUGGAAACUCUAAAAUGUAG